UAUCGCGGAAUCGUAUUUUGCUAAUUACGCGUUGCGUUUAUAAUUAACAAAGUAUUUUCGCGAGUGCUAUGUUUUGUCAAGAAAUAACAGAGGAACAAGAGAGGAGGAGGAGAGUCUGGGGGGCAUCAGACAAUAACGAUGGAGCUAGUGUGAAGUAUCACAAUGCUGUAUGCUCAACUACUACGCAUCAUGUGCUGAAAAAGGGGAAGAUCGCCCGUUAUCUAGUAGUUCGAGAAAAUCUGCAGCGUUUAAUGGAAAUAAAAUUCACAAGAGUAGAAUUCCAACAACCCAGGUCGGGCGAAAUGCCAUGCAAGGCGACUCGCCAACGUACGAAGAGUAUUCUAGCAGAAUUAGCUCUAAUAAUAACUCCGCUCGUCGACUAAGCAUGAAGGCUCUGAAUAUAUUGUCGCCUAAUAGAAAACCAACGAAUGCGAUUGCCGCGGAUAAACGACAGCUGGAAAUCCAAUAUAGCUCGAAGAAACUGCGAUACACAAAUUUAAAAACCCUCACCGAUAAGCAAAAAAUGGUGCAGGAUCUGUACGUCGAGAUAUCGAAUCUACGGGAGAAGAUAAUCACGGCCGGCGGCAAGGACCCCGGCAAGGUCGAAGAGCCAAAAUCAAUUCAAGUGGAAUGUUCUAGACAAAGCCCGCUGAUGCCAAUCGAGACAAAUUUUCGGCAUGAUUGCGAACAAUGGGAUCAGAUCUGCAUGGACGAGUCUAUGGUGACCGGCGUGUCGCUGCUGCAAAAUCAGUUGCAGGAUCUCUGCGAUCGCUCUCAAGAGCUCUGUCAACAUGCGCUGAACAGGAGUUCAUCGUUCGCGUCUUUAGUCAAAUCUUGGAUGACAGACUCGAGCAGGCAGGACGAGAUGGGCAAAAUGUCGAUUUUAAUCGAUUACUUGGAAACAGAGAUUCAGCAGGUGAACUUUGCGCAGAGCAACGAUGAGCUGAAAACGCGAUUGAACGAGCUGAAAACGGCUCAAAAGGACUUCAUUGCUGAAUUUGCGACGAAAGUCUCGAAUUUGUGCAUCAAAUAUGACAAUCGCGUCGAUCGCAAGAAUUUGCAGGAGCAGCUGAGCGCCGCUUUGGAGGAGCUAACGGCAGAACGUGAGAAGACGAAUCAAGGCAAGGAAAGGAUACGAAUGAUGGAGUCGCAGAUACAAAAAACACGAACGAAGAUUCGUGAGCUAGAGGGACAUGUGGCUAACGAGGAGCUGAAAUCGCAGCUAUUACAAAACAACGUAAAGUCGUUAGAUACUCAAUUAAAGCAGAAGGAUCAGACAAUGGAACUGAGGAUGAAGGAUAUGCAUAAAGCGAUGAAGAGCAGCGAGAAUCUCAUAGCGAAGAUGGAGAAGCAACGUGACACUUUCGAGUCAAGAUUGCUAGGGCUCAAACAAAAGAUGUUUUGCAAAGAAACUGAAGCAAACGCUACCAUUAAGACAUUAUCAGAAAAGUUCCAAGCGAUCGAUGAAGAAAUCAACGAAGAAAGAGAAAAGAGGCAACAAGCCGAAAGCGCUCUAACAGAGAUUGAAGAACGCUGCAAACAACUUGAAGAGAAAAGUCAACUGCUCUGCGAUCUCGCAAGUGAAAAGAACAGUAAUAUGGCUGUUGCAGAUAACAAUCACACGGAGAACGAAAUUUGUCUGUAUAACGAUUUGACAGCGGCUCGAACCGAACUGGAACAGCAAAGGGAAAAGAUCAAGCAAUUAGAGAGGGAGAAGCAAGAGAUUGUCACUGUGAUGCAUCAGGCGGCUAGCGAUAACGAAGACGAAACGAAGGAUAAACUGGCCGCCGAACUUGUAGCCAAGACCAAUAAUCUUCAGAAUUUGAUGUUAGAACACGCUCAGUUGCAAAAGAUCGUAAGAUUCACGCAAGAAAGGAACGAAGUACUAGAGAAUCAAUUAUCCGAAAUUCGGCAUCAUCUUUGCACAAAGUCGAAAGAGAACGACAAAACUGGAUUCGAGCUUCAGCAGCAGGUCAACGAUUUGCGGAAUAGUCUAGCAGAGGCUAUGCAGCAGAAUCAGGAACUAGAAACUACUCUGACACAGAAGCAGCUGGAAGUGGAGCAACGCGAUCGAGUGAUGCGGGAGCAAAGCAAAUUUCUCAAAGCUAGGGAUGAGCUGUUGAGCCUCCUCAAGGAAAGGCAGGCGGAUAAUCUUGCUAAUGAAAACUACGAAGAUAUUGAUGAAAUUAAUAAACAGAUAAUGGCGAAGACUGAAGCGCUCCAGGAACUAUAUACUACGCUAGAGGGUAAGCAGAUGCAAGUGAUGCGCCUGGAGAAGCUGGUGAAGCUGCUAGAAGAUCAGCAGGAUCGGGCACAGGCGCAACGCACGCGGUUGGAGCAUCGCAUCGCUCAGCUGGAAAUGAGCUUACGAGAGAAAAAUAAAGACAAUCGGUAUGUCAUGAGAAAAUAUUCGGAUGAUAAGCCGCGGCCAAACAUCAUCGACGAUAAAUUACGUGAUUUUUCUUGCGAGUCAAGACAACCAUUACUAAAAUCAUCCAUGCCAACAUUUUGUUUUAUCGAUUCGUGUUCAUGCGAAAGAUCAAGAUUAUCGCAUAAUCGAUAUCCUCACAUUUCACCUGUAAAAAAUCAGUUUAUUUCAUCUGAAAAAUGUUAUCUCAAUGAUUGGCGUGUUUCUUCCGAUAAGGAAAAGACUUUUGUUUGCGAGCAAUGUCAACGCGAAAUUAAUGAGAAAUUUAAAGGUGAAAUCCGUAACAUUAAAGAUUAUGAAGUUCCGAUUCAGGAAUCUCUCUAUGGUUGGCUUAUGAAAUCCUCGGCUUUAGAAGCCUUCGGCGAGCCUACGAUUCGGUUAAAUAGGUUUCAUGAUGUGCAUAGUUCAUUUGAGAAAAACACAGAUUGCUUUUUCAGGAUUGUUGAUCCUCUUAUAAUUCGCAAUAAUAAGAAAAACCAUAAUAGAAAGUCAUAUCGUCGUCGCGAACAAUAUUGUCGACCAUGUAGUCAUUUCUCGAAACGAUUUUUUCAAAACACAUCUACAAUGUUGUAAUUUCAAGUAUUAUCAUGACAUAGUGUCAUGAUUUAUCAUAACUUAACUUAAGUACGGUAUAAAUUUCUGCUGAGGGGUACCAUAUAGACAAAGUAAUGUCUAAAAUAUAUAGACAAAGUAAUGUCUAAAAUUAUUUAAACAUUUUACAUCUAAGCAAC